AUGGCAGAGAAGGAAAAUGAGCCCACCAAGGCGGAGCCCGAGAAGGCUCCAGAGAAGGUUGAGGAGAAGAAGAAAAAGGAUCGCAAGCCACACCUGAUGGCGGCGGUUGAGGAGGCCUUCAAGAAGUGGGACAUCACCGGUGAUGGUGCAAUCAGCCGUUACGAGCUCCAUGCGGCGUUGACACAGCUUGGCAUGGACGAAGCGCAGGUGGCCAAGUGCUUCAACUCAGCUGACAUUAGCAAAGACGGAAUGCUCCAGUACGAUGAGUUCCUGGACUGGGUCUUCAAGGAUCCCACCGUGGUUUGCGCAUACAGCCUGAAGACGGCGAAAGAAGGUCUCCAUGUAUGCACGCCGGAGGCGUGUCAGGAAAUCUGGAAGGUUACAGAGCCUUUCGACGACAUGGAUAAGGUCUUCUUUGCCACCAUGGUGAUCCUUGGAGAAGAUCGGGAUCUGAGCUGGAAUGGCGUCCGAGGGCUCAUGAAGAAGCCAGGCGUUUUCCUGGAGAAGCUUCACAGCUACGACACAUCCCACGUGACUGAGACCACCCUGCGCAAGCUCAAGUUUUUCACCUCAAAGGACUACUUCACCCAAGAACGGUUCAAGUCUCAUCAUUCCAUGGUCUACGCGCUGUGCUGCUGGGCACUCGCCAUCGCCUCGACCGAGCUGAAGAGCACCAAGAGGCAUUGA